AUGGCAAAGCACUUUCAGUUAGAUUUUGAAGAAAGCAGCAUGUCAGAUACAAACCAAAAGCAAGAUCAGUACGAAGAAGAACUCGACAACCUUGUUGAGGAAGAAUACAUUCAAGAAGCUGACGUAGCAGAAAUGGACGUGCCGGAUUUGAAUGAGGCUGAACCUAUGGAUGAUGAUGAUGAAGAAGAUGUUGAUGAAUUGGGAGAAGAAGCAGGACCUUCAGGGGAAGGUGUAGAAGGUUAUGAAUUUAGAGCUAACGCAGACGAUAAAAAUACAAUGGAACUGGCCGAUGAUUCAGUACAAGGUUUUUUUGAUCACCGUGAACCUGUUUACGCCAUUGCUAUGCAUCCUACCAGCAAUGGAAUUAUUGUCAGUGGUGGUGGCGACGAUAAGAGUUAUUUAUGGCGUUGCGAUACCGGUGAAAUGCUGAAGUGUUUAGAUGGACAUACUGAUUCGGUCACAAGUGUUGGAUUCAGUUGCGACGGUAAAUAUGUUGCGUCGGCUGGUAUGGAUGGUAAAGUACGUGUCUGGAAUGCAGAGACGGGUGAUUUCGCCGUCGCAGUCGAUGGUCCCGAUGAAGUGAUUUGGAUUGACUGGCACCCAAAAGGUAAUAUUCUCUUAGCCGGUGCUUCAGACGCUACUAUUUGGAUGUGGGCCAUGCCCAGCGGUAAAUUUAUGAACAUGUUCAAUGGUCACGCUGCACCUGUAACAGCAGGUUGCUUUACACCAGAUGGCAAGAGAAUUGUUUCAGUUUCUGAAGAUUCGACUUUUAUCGUUUGGGAUCCUAAAUCUGCUGCUGCUGAAUACCGUUUGUCCGGUGACGAUGCACGUUUCCAUGUUGAGCCUAUCACAUCUGUUUGUGUUAACAAAGAUAGUACACUGGCUAUUACUGGUGACGUAUCAGGGAAAGCUAGAUUAGUGAAUAUCUUGAACGGAAAUAUUGUUGCAUCAUUAGAAAAUCAUACGGAGUCGAUAGAAACUUCAUCUUUCUGUGAAGUGCUGCCUUUAGCAGCAACAGGCUCGGUGGAUGGUAAAAUCUCUAUUUGGGAUGUUCAAACACAACGUUUACGUGCCACUUUGGAGCAUGAAGAUGCUGUUGUCAAAGUGAAAUUCGUCAAGAACUCACCAAUGUUAGCUUCUUGCUCUGCUGAUAAAACUGUGAAAAUGUGGGAUGCCCGUACAGGUCAAUGUGUCAAAUCUUGGUCUGGACAUAGCGACACUGUUCUUGAUUUUGCUGUUGCUGAUGAUGGCAACGUUAUCUGUAGUGCUUCCGAUGAUGGUACAUGCUUAGUUUUCAGCAUGUAA